AUGGCAACAAUAAGAAAAAGCCAGAGCACCAGCGGGUCUAGAACAACCAGGCUGCAGAUGUCGGCUGCUGCAGUCGCUAGCAGUGAAGACCUCUUGAGAGAGAUUCUUACGCGUCUUCCUGUGAGACCUCUUGUCAGACUCAAGGUUGUUCAUGCCCGCAGAAACUGUAGAUCCAAUGGUUUAUUGUUGAAAGGUCUCAAACAAGCCCCAGGACUUUCCCUCGUACCCCUUGGGGAGUAUCAACCUCCUAGGGUUUUACCAUUCAACUUUCUCAACAAGUGGGGUACAAGUGUUUUAGAUUCCUGCAAGGGCUUGUUGUGCUAUUCUAUGGCAGAUCUUCAUAAUCCCAAACAAAUUUCUUACUAUGUUUGUCAUCUUGCUUCCGGGGAGUUCACAAGAAUCGGUGUGUUUGAUGUGCUGUCAACAAUACGUUUAAAAGUUGGCAUUGUAUCUUUUGAUCCUUUGAAGUCAGUUCACUACAAAGUUAUCUUGAUUCAUCAAAUACCUUCCGCAUCAUCUAACUUUCGACUGAACAUUGAUAUUUACGCAUCGGUGACCCAAUCUUGGAAGCCUGCCGAAGUUGUCAUAGUACCAUAUGAUGCAGGAUUUAACAAUGAAGCAGUUUACAUGAAUGGUGCUAUUUACUGGUAUGAUCAAACCCGGAAAGCAGUUUGGUACCUUGAUUUAGAUACAAAAUGUCUAGACAGAGUGCCGGAUUUAAUGGAUUGGCCGAAAAUAAGUUCUGUCAAGUAUUUUGGAGAGUCGCGGCAACUUGCAUCUCAUUGCAACAUGCAGACUCCGCACUAUGCUACUUACUGUCUAUGA